AUGGCCACCCCAAUCGCAACCCCCGGACGGAAGCGGCUUGUCCAUCAUCUUGAUACGCCUUUCUCAACAGUGCGAUGGCCCGAAAUCUCGUCUGAUGACCAAGACACAAUCUUGGAGCUACUUUGCAACCUACUGAGCCCCAUUGGCCAACAUAGGAGGACACAUAUAAAACCCUCACGAGGGAAGAGGGCGGCAAAACGUGAAUCAAAAGAGCCUACCAAAGAAGCUACAGCUACAGUAUCCAACGCUGUUAAACCUCCAAAGCCAGCCAUCUGCGACUAUGUUGAUGUGGGAUUCAAUGCCAUCACGAGAGAGUUCGAGUCGUUCUCCAACUCCGAGACCACCGAGAAGCCCGAUUCAAGUAACCCAAGGCAACCCUACUCGAUGGUAUUCGUACUUCGAGGGGACCAAUCUCCAGCUUUCAACUGCCAUUUUCCGAAAAUGGUUGCUGCUACAUCCAAAAAGCUUGGCCCUCAGCAUGACAUCAAGUUGGUCGGCUUCUCUAAAUCCUGCUCGGAUAAAUUGAGCUCAUGUUUAGAAAUCGCCAGAGUAUCAUCUAUUGCAAUUACAAGGAAUGCACCAGGAACCGAGGCACUUUGGACGUUUGUCAAAGAACACGUACCGUCAGUUGACGCGGCAUGGCUGGACACGCCAAACAACGCUGUGUACAAACCGACCCAAAUAGCCUCUGUUGAGACUUUUGUUGGAGUUAAGCGGACCAAGGCCGCACAAGUGACUUGA